UCUCUCUCGUGUCUAAUGUGAAGGCAUAAAGUCUUGUAAAUGGCUGUUAAGUGACGGCAGUUUCCACGGGUUCGGCGCUUACAGUGUUUGGCAACCGUACGGAUGUAUGAUUCAUACAUACAAUAAAAUUGAUACGCGGAUGUGCUUACGAUAUAUCGCUUAUUGGGGCGGAAAGAAUAACAUAGUGUUUUUGGGCGAUUCCCGGAUCAGACAACUGUAUUACGCGUUCAUCAAGACCUGCAGUCCCAACGAGAACCUAAUCAAUAGCGAGUUCGCCGCUCACCACGACUUGGAGUACAAGGAGCGCGACCUGAGACUCGAGAUACAGUUCCUGUGGCACCCGAUUGUCAACGAUUCGAUGGCUGACGUGAUCCGACAUUUGGCGGCGAAAGACGCGUCCGAACGGCCGAACCUAAUAGUGAUGGGUUCGGCCACUCAUUCCAUCAAAUCGAGUAACGCCAGCCUUAAAGCGCUCGAGUAUUACCGCAAGAAUCUGACACUACUUGUGCCCAAUUUGGACAAAAUGAGUGCUUCCACUCAAAUACUGUGGACACUUCAGGACCCGGUGUCGGCCGAAAAGCUCAAACCGGACAGAGCUAUGAUCACUAACGAACAGAUCGACGCCUACAACAAGGCGGCGAUGGAGAUACUGAAGUACAGCCAAUCCAAUAACGUACACAUCUGGGGCUCGGCUCGACUCGUCGCUCAGGGAUAUAACUCGGACUCCAGUAAUCCGACCGACGAUGGCCUCCACAUGAGCCCAAAGGCGCUGAAUUACGCGAUUCAGAUACUGUUGAACAUGUAUUGUAACGAUCAAAUGAACUAUAAUGACGGCACCUGUUGUAGUGACCCGGAAGUGAUUACAACACUUCAACUAAUUGUGUUCGUUGUGUUCGCGCUCUUCAUUGUGGUCGCAAUCGUUAUCUUCUGUCACCGGAAGUUCUCCGCGAAGUCAUACAAAUGGCAUCUAUUGGUGAACGAAGACAUGGACGACGAGCCGACCGGUAGUCGACCUGCUGUCGUCUCUGAGGAGGACGUGAAGUCCUACUACGAGUUGAUAACAUGUUUGGCCAAAAUGUCGUUAAUUAUGUUUUACUUCUUCCUCUGCGACAGAACUAAUUUCUUUAUGAAAGAGAAUAAGUACUUCACUCGACCCAACUUUUUCCUUCCCAUC